AUGCCGCGCAGGACGAAUCAGCCGGCCACAAGAGCGACAAGGACAACGCGUCGGUCCGCUCGCCAACGCCAAAAGCCCCAGGAUGAUAUCCCGGAAGUCUAUGGCGACAUGCUCGCGGAAGCCGUCGCCGAGGAACAGGCUUCUGCUUCGAACUCGCGAGCGUCCAAGCGGCGCAAAAUAAGCGAGGAACCGUCGACCAAUAUCGAACUCGAUUUCGAUCUGUUCGGAUCCCCAGCAAAUGCCCAAGACGUCGACGGGACGGUGUCUGCUGCUGAAGACGCGCCUCCGAAACUUCAACAGGUCGUCUUUGAUGACUUCGAGGACUCGGACGAAUCCGAUGCAGAGUUCGAAGAUGUAGAUCUCGAACCAGCCACGAGUGAUGCAGCUGAAGAGCGGCACCCCGAACAGCAGAAGACCCUCGAACUCGACUUGUCUAGGACAAGUACGCCGAAGCGUGCGGCUCAACGACGCAAGCCCGUGAGUCUAGCAGAGCGCAAGCUUCGCCUGGAUGUUCACAAGGCCCACCUUGUUCUCUUGCUGGCACACCUUAGCUGCCGUAACAGAUGGUGUAACAGUGAGUUAGUACAUUCCAUCUUGAAGCCUCUCGUAUCUCGCAAGGUAAUCUCGUUGCUUCACGUCGACGAGUCAAAGCCUCAAUUCCAAAGGUCACAUUCGUUCAACAAGGGCAUUGAGGAAGUCUGCGCCCUCUGGAGGCAGCAAUGGAAAAUCACUGCACGAGGGAUGAAACGAGCUCAUUGGAGGGAGGACGUCGACGCAGUCAAGGAGAGCGACGAUGCCGAAGACUUGAUUGACUUUGACGACUUCAAAACCGCAGCCGUCUCCCGCUCUGGUUCGAGAGACCUGGGAGCUCAACUAUUCUGUGCACUACUUCGCUCAGUUGCAGUAGAUGCCCGAUUGGUAUGCUCUCUUCAGGUCUUGCCGUUCUCUGGCAUUGCCAAGGGCCAAACUCCAGAAAAGCCCAAGCCGCAAUACAUCUAUGCGCCUCCCCAGAACUAUGGUUCUGCUUCGCCUGCUCCCAAGAAAAAGAGAAUCGUCGAGUCUCCCUUCCCGAUCUUUUGGGUCGAAGCCUUUUCUCCAUCCGUGCAAACGUGGAUCCCUUUGGAUCCCCUCGUCCGCAACACAAUCAAUAAGCCAAAGACUGGUUUCGAACCUCCUGCGUCUGAUCAACUCAACAGCAUGGUCUACGUAGUUGCAUUUGAAGGUGAUGAAUCAGCCCGAGACGUGACAAGGCGAUAUACUCAAUGGUACAACGCAAAGACACGAAAGCAACGAGUGGAAAGUACAAAAGGAGGGGAGAAGUGGUGGGAGGUGACCAUGAACGUCUUUCGGAAGCCUUUCAGCGAGACACGAGACGAGAUCGAGGACGCGAACCUGCUCAAGCGCGCCGAAAGCGAGCCCAUGCCCAAGAACAUCCAGGAUUUUAGAGGACAUCCUGUAUAUGUUCUGGAACGGCACUUGCGGCUCAACGAGGUCAUACAUCCGCGACAUGAGGUGGGCAAAGUGGCUUCUGGGCCUCUGAAGGGUGUCAAGCUUGAGAGUGUGUUCCGCAGACGAGAUGUGCAUGUCUGUCGGACUGCGGACGCGUGGUAUCGCCGGGGUCGUGAUGUCAAUCAAGGGGAGCAGCCGCUGAAACGAGUGGUCCCCAAACGACAGCGGAAUCAGGACGUGGCAGCUGCCGAAGAGCUUGACGACGAUGAAGACGAAACCAAUGAAGGAAUGGCUCUCUAUGCUGAAUACCAGACUAGCCUAUACGAACCGCCGCCUGUCGUCGAUGAGAAGAUUCCCCGCAAUGCAUACGGAAACCUCGAUAUCUACGUGCCGUCGAUGAUACCGGCUGGGGCAGUCCACAUUCGCCAUCCACUCGCAUCGGCCGCGGCUCGGGUCCUCGGCAUUGAUUAUGCAGAUGCAGUGACGGGAUUCCAGUUCAAGGGCCGGCAGGGCACGGCCGUCAUUGACGGCGUGGUUGUGAGCAUGAACAUGACCAACGCCAUGCUCAAUGUGAUUGAAGGUCUAGAGUCCCAGGCGUCGGAAGAGGUGCAGGAAGCGAGGACUAGGAUCAUUUUGGGGAUGUGGAAAAGGUGGCUUACUGCUUUGCGCGUGCACGAGCAUGUACAUCGGCAGUACGGAGAUCAAGGGAAGAAGGAAACUGAUGCAGGAAAAGACACCAGUCAUGGAGAAGAAGAGGAUGGUGGCGGAUUUAUGCUGGACCAGGCAGAACUGGAACACCACGAAGAACCUGCCAACUCUGUUCCUUCGACAGCGCCAAACCUGAAACCACUCGACCAGCUUCUUCCCCCGGAAGUUGUGCAUCAGGAUGUGAUUGUCGUCAGGUCUCCGCACAAGCUCAGACAAUUGCCUUCCUCUGAUCUGCCGGGGGUCCAUGACCGAGUUUCACCACGCGCGAUCAACAGUGGAGGCUUUCUCCAUGAGGCGGACAACGCGGGCGGUGGUGGCUUCAUUUCGGGGGAUGAUGAUAUGAACCACAAUCCUGCAGACAGUCAAGACCACCACAAGCAGGCGGUAUCCAGACACGAUAAGCCCGCAAACGAUGAAGGUGGCGGCUUCAUGCCCGAAGAAGACAAUGAGGGAGGUGGAGGUGGCUUCCUACCCGAGGACGAAUUCGAGGAUGGAGAGGCGGAAUCACAUCCGCAGUCUAGCACGGCCGCUCAUGAAGACUCAAUCCCCGCGGAAGCAAUUGAUACGCCAUCCGAGACAGAAUACGCGUCGACCAAAGAGAGAUUACUGAUUAAUGCGGCUGCGGGUGCAGGUGCUGGUGCUGCUUCUGCGGGAAAUGCGACCGCCGCGGCUGCCGGAGAUAGUGCCAAGCCCCGGAGCAUAAUGGCCGAAAGGGGAGGUCGGGAAUCAGGACUUCUCGAGGAUCCAACAACCUCGACAUCGACCUCGAUGCAUGCAUGGCAUAUUCCUGAUGCGGGCAAGUCGACCGCAGAUCAAGACGAAGAAGAAAAAGCCGAAGAAGGGGAAGCAAAAGGAGGACCGGAACUCCAGAGGACCGCAUCUGGGUCCAGGUCCAUGUCUGGGUCUGCCUCUGUCGCGGGCUCCCUCCUCUCCCACGACCCGGAAGACGACGACGCCGAGCCAGAGUGGUUGCUGAGUAGCCUGGGCGAGUUGGACUAG